AUGCACCCCGUAACAAGCGCUCUACUCUAUACUGUUUGUGUCAGUCUAGUUGUAUAUCUUCGCCAAAGAUGGAAUUCUUAUCGUGCUUUUAGGGCAGCUGCUAAGCAGCAUGGCUGUAAAAGGGUUCCGAGAUACUCUGAUCGGGACUCAAUAUGGGGCACCGACUUGAUGAAGAAGAGAGUGAAGGCUGUUAGUGAAGGUCGUCAAAUGGCCUUGUUCAUGAAACACUUCAACGAGAUCGGAAAAACCUUCGAAGAAAAUUUCUUUGCCACCAGAGUUAUCAAUACCAUAGAAGUUCACAACAUACAGCGAGUUCGUGCUCUUUCUUUUGAGGAUUAUGGAAAGUCAGCUCAAAACUUCUUCAAGGCAUUUCUAGGUGAUGGAGUCCUCUCUCUAGAUGGUGGUGGCCCGGACGGAAAAUCUCCUAUAUUUGUAGAGCAGGGAGACGCGGUUGCUUUAAAUAUCUGUGGUCCUAAUCACGAUAAAGAUAUUUGGGGUGAUGAUGUUGAGGAAUUCAAGCCACAGAGAUUUAACGAUAAAAGAAUGGGCUGGGAGUUUACCCCCUUUCUGGGUGGUCCUCGUAUCUGUCCUGCCCAACAAGAGGUCCUUACGCAGUCUCUAGAUACUGUUUUAGAGUAUGUCGAGAUGGUAAGAAUGACCACUGAGAGCCGCAACGGAGUUAAAGUUGCACUGUUCACUUCAGAAGGGGAAUAA